GCUCCCCCCGCGGCGCCCCAGCCCGGCGGGGGCGGAGCCUGGGCCGCCCCCUGUCGGCUCUGCCUGGCGGAGCAGCUCCGCCAGGGCAGCCAACCAGGCGGCCGAGCCCGGGCAGCCCAAGAUGCGGCGCUGAUCGCCGGCCGGGCAGCAGGUGCGUUUCUGCCACCGCCGCCCCAGCCGCGGCUCAUGAUGUGUUUGGAGAGCGACGGUGCGUCGGGCGGCGGCCCUCCCGGCUGCAGCGGGCGCCUCCGCGUUUCGGCGGCCGGCGACGACGAGGACGAAGACGACGGAGGAGGCGGCGGCGGGGAUCGGGGCGGCUGCUGCGGGCGGAGCGGCGAGGUGCAGACCCUCUCCGGCGCCCUCCAUGCGCCCUGCGGGGCCAAGAGCGCAGCCGGCGCCGAGCGCUCCAAGGCAGCUGCGGCGCCCAGCUUGGGCAGAGCCCGCGUGGCCGCCGCCGGCAUCCUCAGCGUGGGCAAUGUGCUGAACUACCUGGACAGGUACACCGUGGCAGGGGUCUUGUUGGACAUCCAGCAGCAUUUUGGAGUCAAAGACAGUGGAGCUGGCUUGUUGCAAACAGUUUUCAUCUGUAGCUUCAUGGUUGCAGCACCGAUAUUCGGUUACCUUGGCGACCGUUUCAACCGAAAGAUUAUCCUGAGCUGUGGGAUCUUUUUCUGGUCAGCAAUCACUUUUUCCAGCUCCUUUAUCACUGAACAGUAUUUCUGGCUCUUUGUCCUCUCGCGAGGCUUGGUUGGCAUUGGCGAAGCCAGCUACUCGACCAUCGCCCCCACCAUCAUUGGAGAUCUCUUCACCAAAAACACCCGGACGCUAAUGCUCUCCGUCUUCUAUUUUGCAAUCCCCCUGGGCAGCGGUUUAGGUUAUAUCACCGGAUCAAGCGUCAAGCAAGUUGCUGGUGACUGGCACUGGGCCCUGCGGGUCUCUCCGCUUUUAGGAAUGAUCACUGGGACUCUCAUCUUGAUAUUUGUUCCUGCUGCUAAGCGAGGCAAUGCUGAACAACUGGGAGCGCAGCUGAAGGCUCGGACCUCCUGGCUGAGAGACAUGAAGGCCCUGAUAAGAAAUCGCAGCUAUGUCUUCUCCUCCCUGGCUACCUCGGCCGUCUCCUUUGCCACAGGAGCUCUGGGAAUGUGGAUCCCUCUCUACCUUCAUAGAGCGCAGGUGGUCCAGAAAACAGCAGAGACAUGCACAUCGCAGCCCUGUGGGACCAAGGACAGUUUGAUUUUCGGAGCCAUCACCUGCUUCACCGGUUUCCUGGGUGUGAUCACUGGGGCCGGGGCAACCAAGUGGUGUCGGCUGAAAACGCAGCGAGCGGACCCUCUGGUUUGUGCCGUGGGAAUGCUGGGGUCAGCAAUCUUCACCUGUCUCAUCUUUGUCGCGGCCAAGAGCAGCAUUGUGGGAGCCUACGUCUGUAUUUUUGUCGGUGAAACUCUCCUGUUCUCAAACUGGGCUAUAACAGCUGACAUACUAAUGUAUGUGGUCAUCCCGACACGCCGGGCAACAGCUGUGGCUUUGCAGAGCUUCACAUCACACCUUCUGGGAGACGCUGGGAGUCCCUACCUGAUUGGAUUUAUCUCCGACCUGAUACGCCAGAGCACAAAAGAGUCCCCACUCUGGGAAUUCCUCAGCUUAGGCUACGCUCUCAUGCUGUGUCCUUUUGUCGUCGUCCUGGGGGGGAUGUUUUUCCUCGCCACGGCCCUCUUCUUCUUAAGCGAUCGAGCCAAAGCUGAACAACAGGUAAAUCAACUCAUGAUGCCUCCAGCUUCUGUGAAAGUCUAAAGCGCUGCCACGUCAGACGAUGAAGGAGACCUUUUGUGAUCUCCGGUUCAAGACAUUGAAACGACCACCUGCGUGGCAGCCUUCCCCUUCUCCAGCCUCUCUGCGGUUGGAGCCAAAGGAAAAUUCAGAUGCAGAACACGUUGACUGUGGCUAUGGCAAGGGCACAUGGACACAAUUUGUAUCUGCAAGAAUUGUCCUUACACCCUGCCCCAAAGGGACCCUUCUGGCCAGAAUUGUCCCUCCUGCUCCAGUAGGGGUCACCUUGAAGAUUGUGGUACAGCCGGCCUUUCAGCCAAUGGCAAUCCUUUGCCUUGUUCAUUGGGGCAAACCUUCAUCCUCUUUAAAACCCGGAUGCCUUUGCCAGCAACCCCAUUUCCAACCAGAGACGUUACCCCAGCUGGAGAGGCAAGCCUUGCCCAAGGAUUAAGCCCCGAGAUGUACUUUGUAUUCAGUCAUCUCCUAAGAUAAUCUCUGUCUGUUUGCAGAAGGCUAAAGAGAGGGGACUCGAUGGACUUUUUCUUUUUAAAUUAAGGCUUUA